AUGUGGUCACCUACAGUAAUUAAACGCGUAAUGGGAAAACAAAGAAUAAGCCUUAAUAACAUGAAAGUUGCAAUUGAAGCCGUAAAAACAUUAAAGGUUCCAAAUGACGCAACGAUAGUUGAAAUUUCUCCCGGAGUGGGUUUCUUAACACAUGCUCUUUUAAAUCAUACCAAUGCUCGAAAAAUCAUCGCAUUAGAAAAUGAUAAAAGAUAUGUAAAUGAAUUAUCAACAUUAGUAAAAGAAUCAGAUGGUAGAUUAGAAAUUUUAAAUAUUGAUAUCUAUAAAUGGGAUACUUAUGAUCAUAUAAAAACUCAUUUAACUCAUAUACAAAUACAUCCCUGGGAAGAAGAAAAAGCUGCUGAGAAAUUAUUGGCGAAGGAGGGUGAAUUACAAAGACAUAAAUUAAAAAUUGAAUUGGAAGCUAUAGCUGAUGUUGAAAUUCAAUGCGCGUUAUUUGGAGUGACACCACUUGUUGAACCAAAACUACAAGGUUCAUGGCAUACAUUCGAAUUUGUAAUAAAGACUUUAAUGUCAAGGAAAAAUGCUAAAGUAAUCGAGAUGUUAAGUACGCUGGGAGCUGGUGCGAAUACAUUAGCAAAAGAUCUAUCAUUCGAUCUAAAUAUACCAGUUAGAAAUAUGACGGCAGAAAAUUAUAGUGAACUUUCAAUUAUAUUUGAUAAAUGGCCUUUUAAACCUGAUUAUAUUGAUGAUAUAUAUUUACCUCCUCAAAAACAUAGGAAAAGGUGGUGA